CAGAGCAACGGGACACCCGACGCCACGGCGAUGAUGCAACCACUGCAGAUGAACCAGGGACCGGCCCACAACCAAGACCAGGACGGCACCAUGUCCCACCACGUGGACCUGGUCCAGACCAGUGGAUCAGAACGUGACCCUAGUCGACCCCUGCAGCUCGAGGACAAACUCAACACGUCACAGGGAGGCGUCGCCAACCUGUCUCACGUCACUCCCAACACGUCGCUGGGCUUCGUUCAGGCCACGCCCUCACGGAUGUUACCAUCGCCCACCGUCAACACUCGGGAAGCACUUGAUGUGAUUAUGGACAUGUUCCAGGCUCCAACUCUAUUGGAGGAGACGUUCAGCAACACAUUGAUGCUCCAUGCCAGCGAGAAGGAACCUGAUCCGGGUUUAACGAGAACUGGCGUGUCCUCAUUGCCUAAAGCUCCUCCCACCUCCGCCCCCUUCACCAUUUUCCAGGACAGCGACGACAAAGAAAACUGCAGUUCUGCUCGCCCUGCAGGUGAGGAGGUGAAACCGGUCCAAGCUCUGGCUGAAAUCCCUGUGUCCAGACCCUGCAGGCCUAAUGAGACGUCUCCAGACCUGAUGCCUGAUGACAGCACCAUGUGGGGGGCUGCCUACAACUCCCUCAACUCUCUGGCUGCUUGUCCCAACAGCACCUCAGACUUCGCCAUGUUGGCCCAGUUCGUCUCCACGCCGUUCACCCACAAAACAUUUUUCAGCAGCAACUUCUCCCAGGACCAAGAGAAUUGUGACGGUGCUGAUGGACACGAAGAGGCCUUUGUGAGACGACAAACCAAAAAACUCAGUCCCAUCAUAGAGCAGAGUCCAUCGGAGGAGAAGCUAUCCGAUGCCGUCAGUCAGCUGCAGCCGUUGUCCUCCACACACGGUACCAUUGUGGGUGAAGGUCUGGCCCCGCCCCCCACCUGCCUGGCCUCCUCCUCCACCACCAUGGUCCAGCCCCCCCCUCCAGCCGUUCUGUCCUUCAGAGACCACACACUGUGUCCCACCGACGCCUCCAUCCAGAGGACAGUGGGGCCCGGUUGGGAGGUAUACGCCAGCCCCGGACCAGACCCCCAGAGUUACGCCAAACCCAGAGGGGCAGAACCCUUCACAAUCAUGGAGGAUCUGGACCGACCCGGCAGCCAACGGGUCCACGGACCAGCGGAGGAUGUCCCCAUGAGCCCAGAGAGUGUGCCCAGACUGGACUGGCUGUCCGUCAGAAGCCCAGAGCACGCAGCAGAACCAGACCUGGACGCCUUCCUGAGCCCCCGUCAGCCCAAAACCCCACAGAGCACCACCAUCAGCAGGACCAGGGACGUCCCCAUGAGUCCACAGCUGCAGCUCUAUGUUGACGUGCCCAUGAGCCCGGCACCACAACCCCCAUCUGACACAGUGGACGAACCCAUGAUGAGUCCUGACAGGGGGGCGGGGCUGAGCGUCGAUGUGUCCAUGACACCCAAGACCCUCGGGACGGCCCGGUUGGAGCCAGCACCGCUGUUCUCGGACCCCUGGGACAACGAGCUGAUCUCAGGUCUGCUGUCGGCCCUGAACCCCCCCCUGACGUCCCACCCCCACUGCAUCAGCUGGCAAGGAAACGUCCCCAACAUCCGUCCCAGGACCACCAUCAGCAUGGGAAAGGCCUCUCUGCGAGUCGACUGCAUUCUGGGAGAAGGAGCCUUCGCCACCGUCUACCAGGCGACAGACCCCAUGACCUCGGAGAGGAUGGUGUUAAAGGUGCAGAAACCGGCCAAUCCCUGGGAGUUUUAUAUCAACACUCAGCUGGAUGUGCGUUUGCAGCCCAACAUCCGCCACCUGUACAGCCGCCUCAGCUCCGCCCAUCUGUUCCACGACGGCAGCGUUCUGCUCGGAGAACUGCACAGCUACGGAACACUGCUGAACGUGGUGAACUUGUAUAAAUGUGGGAGUGAUAAGGUGAUGCCUCAGCCUCUGGUCCUCUACUUCAGUAUCUGCAUCCUCCACAUGGUGGAGCAGCUGCACAGCGUCAACAUCAUCCACGCAGACAUCAAACCAGACAACUUCCUGUUAGGGGAGAGGUUCCUUGAAAAUAAGUGUUUUGAUCCGAACAACAUGGACCACGGCCUGGUCCUCAUCGACCUCGGACAGAGCAUCGACAUGGAGCUUUUCCCACGAGGCACUGCUUUCACCGCCGCCUGUCAGACGUCAGGGUUCCAGUGCACAGAGAUGCAGAGCGGGAAACCGUGGAACUACCAGACGGACUACUUUGGCGUGGCGGGGACGGUUUACUGCCUGCUGUUUGGGACGUACAUGCAGGUGACCACGGAGGACGGAGUGUGGAGGACCAACGCAGUCUUCAGAAGGAACCCUCACAGUGACCUGUGGUUGGAGUUCUUCCACACCCUCCUCAAUGUUCCCGACUGUUGGACUUUGGCGGACCUGACGGCUCUGAGACAGAAGCUGACGUCGGUUCUGCUGCAGAACUACAGUUCUAAGCUGUCCACUCUGAAGAGUCGUCUGGUGGUUCUGCUGCUGGAGAACCGGAAGGCGGCCAAAAGAUGACCAGCACCGGCACUGACAAAACAACAUGAACCGUCACUCUGUAAAAAAAAAAAAAAAAAAAAAAAAGAAUUUUGAUUAUCUUUUUUUUCUGAUUUUUU